AUGUAUAGAUUUGAGGAUUGUUUAAUCAUCACAUCUUUACCGUCUGUGGUGCCCUGGGGUCUGAUUCAUCUGCGCUCGCUCAACCUGUGCCACAAUCAGCUGCGAGAGCUGCCCACCCCGACCUCAUCGCAGGAGAUCAUCUGCAGCCGAUUAUGGCAUGUGAAUGUCUCUGAGAAUGAGCUGGAGUGUCUUCCUCUCGGUCUGCUUCAUCUCGGCCAGUUGAAGAGGAUUUCUGCAGCCAGAAACAAACUCAUCAGCCUCUUCAACAUCCCCAACGGCACGAACUGGAUCGGCCUGCGUAAGCUGCAGGAGCUGGAUGUGUCCGACAACGGCCUGCCGGAGCUGCCCUCCUCCGUCCUGCACUGUCUGAAGGCCCUCAGCUCUCUGAACAUCAGCAGAAACAAGCUCAGCAGCUUCCCCGACCCCUGGGCCUGUCCUCUGAAAAUCUGCAAAGCUUCAAACAACCAGAUUGAGUUUCUUCCUGACACCAUCUCCAUCUUCUGGAAGACUCAUCUGAGGGAGGUGGACAUCUCCGAGAACGUCCUGAAGGAGCUGCCCUCGUACAUAUUUGAGCUGGAGGCCAUCGUCUCUCUGAAGUUGUGUGGGAACCAAAUCUCCACUCUGCCCGCUCCAAACAAAUGGAAAUGCUCUUGUCUGCGAACUCUAGACCUGUCCAGAAACCAACUGGGGAAGACGGGAGAGCCGACCAAAACCAGGAAGCUGGCCUUCUUCACUACGUGGCACAGACGGGACCCAGAGCCAGUUUGUCCCAUUCAGUUUCCUGUAAUCUUGCGGGAUUCUCUGGAAGUUCUCUUCUUGAAUGACAACCAGCUGGAGUGUGUGCCGCCGUCAGUGUGUGCCAUCAAGAACCUCUCCGAACUCUAUCUGUCCAAUAAUCCAGGUAUCCAGGAGCUUCCUAUUGAGCUCGGGCAGCUCUCCAACCUCUGGCAGCUGGACAUCGAAGACUUGAACAUCACCAACAUCCUCGCAGACGUCAGGAAAGAUGGUCCGGCUGCGGUUCUGGCGUAUCUGCGAGCGGAGCUGCGAGGAGCAGAGCCCUGCAGACUGCUGAAGCUGAUGGUGGUGGGUCCUCCGCGGCAGGGGAAGAGCGCUCUGCUGGAGGGGCUGCAGACCGGCAAACCCUCAUCCUUCAUCAGCACCGACCGCAGCAUCCACACGUCCAGCUGGGAUCUGGAGCGACCCGGAGGAGUGAAAUCUGCUCUUGAUUCAGUGUCCUUUAACGUGUGGGACAUUGGCGGCCCAGCCAGCAUGUCGACGGUGAACCAGUGUUUCUUCACAGAUAAGGCUCUGUAUAUGGUGAUCUGGAAUCUGGCUUUGGGAGAGGAAGCAGUGGCCAACCUGCAGUCCUGGCUGCUCAACAUCGAGGCUCGCGCUCCUAACUCUGCUGUCAUCGUCAUCGGGACACAUCUGGACCUCAUAGACACUAAGUUUCGCAUGGAGCGUGUCGCCACACUGAGGGCCUACAUCCUGGCACUUUGCAGAACGCCCUCGGGCGCGCGGGCCAGUGGAUACCCCGACAUCACCUUGAAACACCUACAUGAGGUGUCAUGUAAGACGCUGGAAGGCAUGGACGGACUCAAGAGGCUGUUGUUUCAGGUCGCUUGCUCCAUGAAGGACGUCAGCAACCCUGCUAGCUGUCACAAACUAGUGGGAAGACUGAUCCCCAAAAGUUACCUGACCCUGCAGGAUGCCAUAAAAGCAGAACGUCUGAGGAGAGACGAAGCCGAUGAGGUUCAGUACCUGACGGACUCAGAACUGGAGCAGAUCAUUGAGCAGAGUCCCGCCAGCGAUAUCAAAGACUAUGAGGAUCUGCAGACCGCGAUCAGUUUCCUCAUCGAGACCGGCACUAUACUGCAUUUCUCCGACACCAGUCAUGGCCUGUGUAAGCUCUACUUCCUGGAUGCCGUGUGGCUGUCCGAGUGUUUGGAGCGCAUCAUCAACCUGAGGGGCUCGCGCUCGGUCGCCCGUAACGGGGUCAUCAAGGCCGAGGACCUGCGCAUGCUGCUGGUGGGCACCGGCUUCACCCAGCAAACAGAAGAACAGUACUUCCAGUUCCUGGCCAAGUUCGAGAUCGCUCUACCAGUCGCCAGCAGCAGUUAUCUGUUGCCCCACCUUUUGCCCCCCAAACCUGCCCUGGACAUCCACGGCUUUCGGCACCAGAGCAACAAUGCCAUCCAGCGGCAUUUCAAGAUGAGCUUCGUUCCUGCGGGAUUCUGGGAGCGUUUUAUAGCCAGGAUGCUAAUCAGUUUAAACCAGAUGGACGUGCAGGCAUUUGAGACCAAAAAGCCCACAAAGAACCAGAGGAGCCGCAGUACGGUGAUCUACAGCUUUGCGGGGAACCAGCAGCGCAAUCGGUGCAGCACCUUCCGCGUCCGGCGCAGUCAGACCAUCUACUGGAAAGAAGGGCUGCUAGUCACCUUUGACGGCGGAUAUCUGAGCGUCGAGUCGUCUGACCUGAACUGGAAGAAAAAGAAAAGCGGAGGUAUCAAGAUUAUCUGCCAGUCGGAGACGAGGGAUUUCUCAGCGAUGGCUUUCAUCACGGAUCACGUUAAUGCUCUCAUAGAGCAGUGGUUUCCUGCCCUGACGGGCAGUGAGAGCGACGGCUCUCGUCUCAUUGAGCAGUAUGCGCCCUGUCCGUACUGCAGCUCUGGACCCCGGCUGUCCGACCCACUGCCUCUGUCCAGCUCCAGCCACAGCACCGUCCACUACUUCAACAUGGAGGACUGCGUGCUGGCAGCCGUGGACAAGGAGCACAUCAGCUGCCCCAACCACCCCAAACAGCCCGUCCCUCUACAGGAGCUGGUGCCUGAGCUCUUCAUGACCGACUUCCCUUCACGCUACAAGCUGCAGGGUUUCUACUGGCUCUGGUUACUCGCAUGUACUAAAACAGAGCUGGUCUGGGGUUCUCAGUUUGUGCCGCUGGGUCACAUGCUCACCUUCAAAGUGGCCUAUCAGAUCGUCACAGGCCUGGCGUAUCUGCACAAGAAGAACAUCAUCUUCUGUGGCCUCAAGUCCGACAACAUCCUGGUGUGGUCUCUGGAGCUGGAGGACUCCGUCAACGUCAAGCUGUCCGACUACGGCAUCUCGCGCCAGUCCUUCCACGAGGGAGCGCUGGGGGUCGAGGGCACACCCGGCUACCAGGCUCCCGAGAUCCGGCCCGGCAUCGUCUAUGAUGAGAAGGUGGACAUGUUCUCGUACGGCAUGGUCCUGUAUGAGCUGCUGUCCGGCCGCAGACCGUGCAUGGGUCAGCACCAGCUGCAGAUCGCUAAGAAGCUGUCGAAAGGGCUCAGACCGGCGCUGGGCAGCCCAGAGGAGGUGCAGUUUCACUGCCUGCAGGCGCUGAUGCAGGAGUGCUGGGACACCAAACCAGAGAAGCGUCCCCUGGCCGCUCCUCUCAUGAGACAGAUGCAGGAUCCCAGUUUUCCUUGUCUGAGGUACCUGCUGCCCUGCCAGGAACACAGCCAGCUCUUCUUGUCUCCGCUGCAGGGACACAACGCCGUCUUCUGGGAUGGAGACAAAGACGACAGGAAUUACACGGUGGUAAACUUGGCCAAGGGGCAGGUGGAGGUGAAGCGGAUGCCGUGUCCGGGAACACGUCUGAGCUGCCAAAUGAAGAUGGAGAACAGUUUGUGGACAGCCACUGAGGAACAGGAAGUCUUUAUCUACAGCCUGAAAGAGAUGUGUCCCUUGAGUCACCCGCAGAAACUGCUCUCCUGUCCGGCUGUGGUAACCUGUCUCUUUUUACUGCCCACCAGGAAAGAGUCUCUCCCGCAGGUGUUUGCUGGCAUGUCUGAUGGUCUCGUGGUGGUUUACUCUCUGGUGGACGACAUGCCCCUGGAGGGGGAGACUUACAUCUGCUCGCACACGAUCAACAAGCAUCUGCUGAACAUGGAGGACUCGGACCCUCGGCAGCGUCCGUAUGCCGUGCGCAGCAUCGUGCCGGUGUGCACCGGGUCAGAGGUGUGGUACAGCAACGGCCCCGGCGUGCUGGUCAUCGACAGCCUGACGCUCCAGCCCAUCCGCCGCCUCGAGCCGUAUCUGCCGCCGUCCUGCGUACGCUGCAUGGUCUCGUCUGCCAGCUGCUGGAGCGACGAGGCCGUCUGGUGUCUGGACGAUCACACCAACACGCUCCUCAUGUAUCACGCCGCCAGCUACCAGAUCUGCGCUACGUACAACUGCAGCGACGCCAACCCGCUGCGGGAUGUUUUCCCCGUGCAAAGGCCGGCUGGGGUCGUGACCCCUGUGACCCCUGAUCCUGACAUCGACGAAGCGUCUCUUCCGGCCGCCCUGGAGCCGCUGAAGGUAACGGUCACGCACCACGAGGACGCAGGAACGCAGAUCCUAUGUUUUAACUUAGAGCUGUGUGGAGGAGACAUCAUGGUGAUCGAGGUGCAGGAGCAGGCGGGUGCGCUCAGGGGUCGUGUGAUCGCCGUGUUGACGCCGCCUGGAGUGUCCGAGUGCGGGACUCUGGCGGAGGCGGCGCUUGUCGCAAAGGACACCGUUGUGUGCGGCUUCCGUAAAGAAAACAUGGCCUGGUGCCUGGCUGUCUGGAGGAGCUGGGGAGGCCGCGAGCUCGAGCUCUUCUACCAGGGAUACGAGGAGCUCGGCCGCUUGGAGAGCAGUCUGAGGAAAAGGAGGUAGCUGUGUAAACGCGUGUGUGUGUGUGUGUGUGUGUGACGGAGAACACAGAUGCAGGUGUUGAGCGUGGUUACGGGACCAACUGGAGGGAAUAAACACACACAUACACAUACUGUAUAUGGACUUGAGGAAAUAUAAUCCUGCAGGACUUGGCCACAUACACAUUUCAUAUAUAUAUAUAUAUAUAUAUAUAUAUAUAUAAACACAAGCAGAUUGAAUGCCACACAUGCCGGAUGCAUAAACAUAUAUAUUCAGCCUCAAGCGUUUGGAAGUGCGCUGAUAUAUGAGUACAUUUACAUUUGUGUUCCCAGAAUGCAUCAGAAUUCACGAAACUAAGGGGUUUUGCAUUCAUGAACCUGUGUGUGUGUGUAUAUGUGUGUUUAAAUGGCAAGAAAGAGAUUUAUGAGGUGUGAUGCUGGUUAUUUGACUUGAUCAACGUUGUCUCAAGUUAAUCAGCAAACUAGACGUGCCUUUGAUGAAGGAUGUGCUGUUUUAGACCCACGAUAAAACGAGAAUCAAUGAAACCGCUUGGGAAGCUCCGCCCACACAGUGAGGUCAUAAUGGAGUGGAACAGUUCUGGAAGUAUUUUUCCCAUUCAGUUUUUCCCAUAGGGAUUUUAAAACAUCU